AUGCCCCUCGCAACGGCUGCCAUCGCCGCUGCGGCGGUCAGUGUUCCCAGUCUGAUGUACCUGAAUGCAAAGCACCAGGUUGGGAAGGACCUUAACGCCCUCUUGACGGGCGUUGCUAUGCAGAGAGAUGUAAAUGCCCGCCGUAAGCUACCGCUCUCUCCCCUUCAUGGGCCAAAGCUCUGUUGCCCAUUCAGACCCGUCCAGCUCGGCUUACUUGAAGGAACCCCAGUCAAGAAGAAUCGAAUCUCGCCGUGGUUCCGUUUUCAAGAGACCGUCCGCAAGUAUUCCACCGCAGAGGCCAUCUGGACUCCACAGCGGAGCUACUCUUUUUCUGAGGUAUAUACGCGAUCCUGCCAAUAUGCCGCCUGGCUACUAGAUCUCGGAGUCACACCUGGCGAGCUGGUCGUGCUGUACAUGCAGAAUUCACCAGAUAUGCUCUGCGUUUGGCUUGCCUGUUGGUCCCUCGGCUCUGCCCCAGCUUUUAUCAACUACAAUCUCUCUGGCGAAGCUUUGGCACACACCGUCCAGGUCAGUAAGGCCCAGGUGAUCAUUUCGGAUGCAGAUAUCGCGCAUAAACUGGAUGCCGUGCAAGGAUCCCUGGGUGCAGAACAAAGGAUCGUGCCACUUGACGAGGCUGCGCAAGCCCAGGCCUUCCGGACAACCCCCGAUGCGCCAGAUGCUGCGUAUGCAGCGGCUGUCAAGAUGACGGACACCGCGCUCAUGCUCUACACCAGCGGUACCUCGGGCUAUCCCAAAGCCUGUCCUAUGGCAUAUAGUAUGGUGUGCACGGGUAUGGCUGGCCGCCUCAGCAGCGGGCUGUGCACUACCCCAGGCCCCAACGGAGAUCGAUGGUACAAUUGCAUGCCUUUGUAUCACGGAACGGGCGGUAUUACGAGCAUGAUUGCAAUCUGUGGUGGUAUCACACUCUGCUUGGCGAAGAAGUUCAGCGUUACGAAUUUUUGGAAGGAAAUCCGCCAGUCGCGUGCAACCCUCUUCGUUUACGUUGGCGAGACCGCACGCUACCUUCUUGGGGCGCCGCCUAGUCCUCUCGACAGAGCGCAUAAUGUCAAAGUCAUAUGGGGCAAUGGAAUGCGCCCGGAUGUAUGGACGGCCUUCCAGGAGCGUUUCGGCAUCGAGUGCAUCUGCGAGUUCUUCGGCGCGAGCGAGGGAGUGCUCGGCCUCCAGAACCAAGCACGCGGCCCGUUCCUUGCAACGGCCGUGGGGUACGAGGGCGGCUUGAUGCGGUUCCUUCUGCGCAAAAAGUACUUCACGGCUGCUCUUGACCCCGAAACUGGGGAGCCCUUUCGUGACCCGACCACCGGAUUGAUCGUUGAGGCACCGCUCAGCGUCGGUGGGGAGCUCAUGGUGCAGCUAGAAAAUGAGAGCCAGUUCAGUGGAUAUUACGGUAACCCCGAGGCCACGGAGAAGCGGCUGGCGCGCGAUGUGAGGCGCAAGGGUGAUGUCUUCUACCGCACGGGCGACGCCCUGCGCCGGGAUGAGGACGGCCGAUGGUUCUUUAUGGACCGCCUGGGGGAUACCUUCCGGUGGAAGAGUGAGAAUGUGAGUACAAGCGAGGUCUCGGCUGUUGUGGGUGCUUUACCGGGGAUCCCAGAGGCCGUGGUCUAUGGGGUCCUCGUGCCGCGCCACGAUGGGCGAGCUGGAUGUGCACGUCUGUAUGCCCCCAACGGGCCAUCCUCCUUAGAUUAUGCAUCUCUGCUUCAGUCCUUGCAAAAGAGCCUUCCCAAAUAUGCGGUUCCCUUGUUUCUCCGGGUUUCUAGCAAGCCCGCCGAGACAACCGGUAACAAUAAAUUCAUCAAAACUGCGCUUCAGAAAGAGGGAGUCAACCCAGAGUUGGUGGACAAGGCUGAUACGCUGAUGUGGGCGCCCCCUGGGGCUCAGAAGUACGUUGAGUUCACACAGGCGGAUUACGCUCGUCUGGAAGCUGGCCAGGCACGCCUGUGA